AAAAUUUGUUCAAGAAUGGAAAUAUGAAGACGUGGAAAGAUAUGCACAAAAUUGAGACAAGUUAUGUAAAGUCUAGAACAGUUCACACAAAGAAACAAGAUGAUUUUUUUAUACUAUGAGUAUAAUCAAGGUCAUGCUAUGAGUGUAACAGAAGUAACUUAAUAUAUGUUAGGAGAGUAUAUUAUAUUCAUUGAUAUGGUAAGUCCUUUGUUACUUGCAAUAAUUAAAACUUAUAGGUACUCGUCUAUCUUUAGGAUAUAAGCCCAACUAUAAAAUUAGGACAGAGAAAUCUAGUCCAUUAAUUGUCCCUCCAGACUGAUUUGCAAACUGAGAGAUCAAGGACAGGUUUCCGUCAGUUAUGUAUUGGAAAACACAUGCUGGACAUAAAGAAGAAUUAAGAACCAUGCAUCUGUCAAAAAUACAAGAAAAAAUGGUUGUAGAGAAAUUAAUGACUGAGGUGCCACAUAGUAUGUGAAGAAUGUGAAAGUACUGUAACGAAAGAGAAAUCUUGGCCGACCGCCGUAUAACAGUAAACACCUCGAGAAUGACGUAAUCGAAUGAUCUAGGCCUCGGCGGAGAGGAGGAGAGACUUCUCGAACGUACGUCCCGUAGGCGGAACAAGCUGAUAGCUAGAGAUGGGCGUCGAUUGUUCCAGAAUAACAACUGGGUAUAAAUACGGGCAUAUUUGUAAAUAGAACACUGAAAAACGUUUGUUUUCUAUACUUCCACAAAAUUUAUUACAACUAUGUUAUUACUACAGCUGUUUCGGCAAAGUGCCUUUCUCAAGUGAUAUAUUUUACAAUGUGUUUGUCUUUUUAAGUCUUUAACUGAAGAGGUUGAGGAGUGGGGAGCUGUUUGUCUCGAGUUGGUAAUUCAGAAUUAUAUCUGUAUGUUUCAAUUUAUUAAUUUCCAUUGAUUCUAAAAGUGAUAGCUUAAGGCCUUUAUUUUGAAUAUGUAGAAUUUGAAACUCUUCAUUGAAAGAAUGAUUAUGAUCUAGAAGGUGAAGUGCGUAUGUAGAAGUGUCUGUUUUUCUAUUGUUGAAAGCCCUUUUGUGUUCUGCUAUCCGUUUGUCAAAAGUUCUGCCAGUUUGACCGAUGUAAGUUUUCGGACAGUCACCACAAGUUAGUUUGUACACACCACUCUGUAGUUGCUUUCUCUUUCGGCUUUUAUUGUUUUUAAUAUGUUUGCUUAAGUUGUUGUUAGUUCUGAAAGCUGGUGUUAUUCCUUUCUUUUUUAUGUAUCUGGCUAUUUUUGUUGUUAUUUUGCCAGUAUAUGUGAGAGAGCAGAAGGUACUGGGUUUUUUCUGUGGUGGUGGAUACACUAAUUUCAAGGCUUUCUUAUGGAGUUUUUGGUUUAAAAUGUUGUUAACUGUUUGUUCGUUAUAGCCAUUGUUUACUGCUAUUUGUCUAAUGAUAUUUAGUUCUGUCUCGAAGUUAUUUUUUGUCAUAGGAAUUUCUGUCAGUCUAUGUAUCAUGCUAUGGUAGGCUGCUAAUUUGUGUUGUGUAGGAUGGGAUGAUGAAUUGUGUAUAGUUGUGUCAGUAUGGGUAGGUUUAUGAUAUACGGAGAACUCAUGUUUGUUGUGUAGUCUGGUAAUUGUUACAUCUAGAAAGUUUAUGGAAUUAUUCUGUUCUGUUUCUAUUGUGAACUCAAUAUUACUAUGAAGUGAAUUAAUGUAUGAUUGAACACACAUGAACAUGUGAAUGUAUUACACAACCGCUCGGCCGUAAAUGAAACUACAGGUCAAACACCAACCUGCCUGAUGUUGGGUCGUGAAGUUCGUUUGCCCUGCGACCUAGAGUUUGGCUGCAGACCUUCCGAGGAACAUGUUGCAGGCGAAGAAUACGUCGACCGCCUGAAGUUACGAAUGAACAACAUUCAUGAAUUUGCCCGACAACACAUCCAGAUAGCCAGUGACAGAAUGAAAGAUCAAUAUGAUUCUCGAUGCAAGAAUGAAAGCUUCGAAGUAGGUGAUCUUGUCUGGCUUUAUAAUCCACAACGUCGUCGCGGCUUGUGUCCUAAACUGCAAAGACAAUGGGAAGGUCCGUAUGAAGUUAAGAAGAAAAUAAAUGACGUAAUAUACAGAAUUAAGAAGUUGCCAAACGGUAAACCAAAAGUUAUUCACAUAAAUCGUCUUGCACCAUAUGCUGGCUCAAAUGAAACAGAAGAAGCCCGAGUCCUCCAACAGGAGAUGAAAGAUGCACCACAGCCAAGUUUUAAGGAAUUUAUGUCAAAUUACGCAGAAAGAAAGAGUGCUAGAUUCGGCGUGACCACAGAAGUUCAGCAAGAUCUGUUUGGUGUUCCAGAAUACGUCUCUCUAGCCCACUGUGUUGCCCAAGACCUCGAGAUGACUAAAGGAAUCUCGUCCGUAUUCAAUAGAAAGUUCGGCCGCCUGGACGAGUUAAGACAUCAGCACCCUAAAAUUGGAAGAGUACUGCGAUUGGAAGAUGGUCCUCGAUCUUUGCUGCAUAUGGUGACCAGGAAGUCUUAUACGGACACGCCAAGCUACGAGAACAUAUGGCGUACUCUAACUAAUUUGAAGAAAAUCGUGUGUAAUUAUGACAUCAAAGAUUUGGCUUUACCAAAAAUAGGCCAUGUAGUAGAAAAUCUGGAUUGGAAGAUUGUGAGAAGCAUGCUUGAAGUGAUCUUCAGAGAAACUGGCGUACGAAUUACUGUGUGUUGCAUGAACCCGAAGAUGUCAUACCCUUCAAAGACAGUAGACUGCUACUUCUUUUCUAGGGAUGUAUGCAGAGCUGGAAAAUCCUGUAAAUUCCGCCAUCCUGGGCCUUCAUCUAGAGUUGAUGAUCGGGACGCUCAGAUCUUAAGAGGGGAGCAGUGUAACGAAAGAGAAAUCUUGGCCGACCGCCGUAUAACAGUAAACACCUCGAGAAUGACGUAAUCGAAUGAUCUAGGCCUCGGCGGAGAGGAGGAGAGACUUCUCGAACGUACGUCCCGUAGGCGGAACAAGCUGAUAGCUAGAGAUGGGCGUCGAUUGUUCCAGAAUAACAACUGGGUAUAAAUACGGGCAUAUUUGUAAAUAGAGUUUAGUCUUAAGCUAAAGUUUGUAAAGUAAACUUGUAUAAAUAAAUAAUAAAGUCGUAAAUAAAUACCCGAACGCUCGUUUUGUUACAGUACAUGAGCAAUUUCAGAUGAUGCUGCAAGGUGUUUGGAAGAAACUUCAAUUAUCAAAUCAAGGCAUGAGGAGGAAAUUAAUGAGUUUUUCAGAGGGAAGCUAGAACUGACAAUUGUGAUCAAGGAAAACACCAAAAGAAGUAUUGUAAUUCAAAG